GAACUGGGCUUGACGCUAGCUGUGGGAGGAGAAAAGGAAAAGCUGGGACCUGUGAUCCUCCUACAUUUGUUCAGAGGGUACGGUAAGGCUCCAGCAGGGGCAGGCAGAGUUCCUCAGUGAGUAGGAAAGGGAUGUACUGUGUGUGUUUGCGCUCCCGUUAUUUCUCGCAUCCCCAGCUCAUCCUUAGGGAAGUCAAUUCCUGUGCAUAAAGGAAAGUAGCACAUGGAUCUAAGCGUGCUAUCCCCAGUGUUGCUGUAAUUGCAGGGAUCAUUCAUGGAUGUGACACCCGCCAACCAAUUGUGGAUUAUAAUUUGACGGCUCUGUGGAUGUGAAGUGGCUGUUCUCUGCCAACUGGGAUUUUGAAGUGUUGCUUAGUAUCCAAUGUUGCCCUGCAGAACAGCAGCUUACUGCUUUAUGGCUCCUGUGUAACUGAAAUAAAGGGGGACCUACUCGGGGGAUCUGUGGCUGCCGGACUUGUGGGAAUUAUCGGUGGUUUGGGGAUGAUGAGAGCAUGAAGUCACCAGGAUGGGAGCGAACAAUGGCAAAUACGGCAGUGAGGGCAAAGGCAGCUCAAGCAUCUCAUCCGACGUGAGUUCAAGUACAGAUCACACGCCUACUAAAGCCCUGAAAAAUGUGGCUACCAGUGAAGACUCAGACCUGAGCAUGCGAACACUCAGUACACCAAGUCCUGCACUCAUCUGCCCUCCAACUUUACAUGGAUUUCAGAAUGGAAGAGGAUCUUCCACCUCAUCGUCCUCCAUCACAGGAGAAACUGUUGCAAUUGUUCAUGCGCCACCUCCAACACGACUGACCCAUCCUCUUAUACGAUUGGCCUCAAAGCAUCAGAAAGAGCAUGCAAGCAUUGACAGACUGCCCGAUCAAUGUAUCAUUCAGAUCUUCUCUUACCUUCCUACUAAUCAGCUGUGCCGCUGUGCUAGAGUGUGUCGGCGCUGGUAUAAUAUAGCUUGGGAUCCUCGGCUUUGGAGGACUAUUCGACUGACUGGUGAGACAAUAAAUGUGGACAGGGCUUUAAAGGUGUUGACCCGCAGACUUUGUCAAGAUACACCCAACGUCUGUCUUAUGUUGGAGACAGUAAUUGUAAGUGGCUGCAGGCGGCUCACAGAUAGAGGACUUUAUAUCAUUGCCCAGUGCUGCCCAGAACUGAGAAGACUUGAAGUAUCCAACUGUUACAACAUCUCUAAUGAGGCAAUCUUUGACGUGGUAUCAUUAUGCCCAAACUUGGAGCAUUUAGAUGUAUCAGGUUGUUCUAAAGUUACAUGUAUCAGUCUGACUCGUGAGGCAUCCAUCAAGCUAUCUCCAAUGCAUGGCAAGCAGAUAUCUAUUCGAUACCUGGAUAUGACAGAUUGCUUUGUCCUUGAAGAUGAAGGACUUCACACAAUUGCAGCUCACUGCACCCAACUGACUCAUUUGUACCUGCGCCGUUGCAUUCGCAUUACUGACGAAGGACUGCGAUAUAUUAUGAUAUAUUGCACCUCCAUUAAGGAACUGAGUGUCAGUGACUGCCGUUUUGUGAGCGAUUUUGGCAUGCGCGAGAUUGCAAAGCUGGAGUCACGGCUACGUUAUCUAAGCAUAGCCCACUGUGGCAGGAUAACAGAUGUAGGAAUACGUUACAUUGCCAAAUAUUGCAGCAAGCUGCGCUACCUCAAUGCACGAGGAUGUGAAGGAAUCACAGACCAUGGGGUGGAGUACCUAGCGAAAAAUUGCACAAAACUCAAAUCCUUGGAUAUUGGAAAGUGCCCUCUAGUGUCUGAUAUUGGCUUGGAGUUUUUAGCCUUGAACUGCUUUAACUUAAAGCGCCUCAGCCUUAAAUCUUGUGAGAGUAUCACAGGUCAAGGGCUACAGAUUGUGGCAGCCAACUGCUUUGACCUACAGAUGCUGAACGUACAGGAUUGUGAAGUGUCAGUGGAUGCCCUGCGGUUUGUCAAGCGCCACUGCAAGCGAUGUAUCAUUGAGCAUACUAAUCCUGCAUUUUUCUAAAAGACAAUGUAUUAGAGCAAAGUGCUAGCUAAAAUAUCAAGAUGCAUAUCAUAAAGAAUAAAUAUGCAAAAAUAGUCUUAACUAUGCCUACAGCAAAUUAUCCAUAGGUGGUUCAGCUUUUUUUGUUUAUGGUGUGAUUAAGAAAAAAACAGGAACCUUUUAAUGUAAUUAUUUGUGUCUACAGCCAAAAUAUUUAGCAAGGCAAGCUGUAUGUUGACCGUGCAUUAAUCAUUAAUGCGUAAUAAUUGUGUAUGUGCUACAGGUGAGUGGAAUGAUAUGGGAGCAUUUUUGUACUUCUGGAUAACAGUAUUUUAAAGAAAAUAUCUUUCUCAAUUGUGUACCCUUGUCUGUGAUUAUUCAAAAACAAAAAGUUAUUCCAUUUUA